GCGUGUAAGAAUCGUGCGCUUUCCGUUUCGUGCAAAACGUGUAGCGUUUCGUGUAAACCGUGCAGCGUUUCGUGCAAACCGUGUAGCGUUUCGUGUAAACCGUGCAGCGUUUCGUGUAGGCUCCAAAGCGUUUCGUGCAAACCGUGUAGCGAGCGUGCGAGAAACGUGUGAGUUUCGUGUAAGAACCGUGCGAGAAACGUGCGAUUUUCGUGUAAGAACCGUGUGAGAAACGUGUUGCGAUCAUUCGGAACUCCCAAGCCCCUUCACUUUGAAAAUGGCUCCCAGACGAGGUGGAAGGAGGUUGUCGUUGUCGAUGAGAAACUGUAUCCUUGAUUAUCAUAAAGGGGGGAAAUCGACUGUGCAAAUCGAAAGAAUUCUUAAGAGCAACCAUAAAUUCCAAACCACCCGACAGAGUAUAAGGCGGUUCCUCAAUCGAUAUAAACGGACAGGGAGUGUGCAUGAUCAAAGGAAGCCCAGAGGUAAUGAAUUCCGCAAGGUCACUGAACUACAUCUACAGUUUGUGAAUAUGUGGAUGUCUUGUAAUCCUGAGAUGACAGCCCAGACCGUUUUAGAAAAACUUGAAAAACAAUGUGGCAUUAAGUUAUCCAGAGAAUAUGUGUGUGAAAUAAGAAGACGCCUGAACUGGUCUCCAAAGAACAUGAAAUAUGGACAAUUAAUUUCCCACAAGAAUGUGAAGCAUCGACUGGAGUGGUGCAUUACCCAGCUGAUCCAGAAAGACUCUUUUCAGGAUGUGAUAUAUGUGGACGAGUCAACUGUUGAGAUGUGUUCUUCUGGUAGACUGUUCUUUCAUCAGGAUGGUUCAAACUUGGAUCGCUUACCGGCUAAAGCACCCAAACCAAAACAUUCUUACAAGGUGAACGUCUGUAGUAUUAUGCAGUAUCGUUGGUAUUGUGAGAGUCCCUUCACUCAGUUCAUGUACAUGCAAGGAGGAUGGAUGAAAACUAAAAUAGGAGCCAUCAUGGAUUUCUAUGAAAAUCAUCCAGGCAAUUCCCUGGAGAAUGUGUGGUUGGAAAAAAUAAUGAAAAUCCCCUAUCCUCUAACAGGACCUAGAGUGAGGGUGAAAAUCAACCAAAAAUAUCACCAAUACAAAUGGGUCACCUGUACUCAAUAUGCUAUGAAAGAUGGGACACCUGUGAACAUGAUUAAAGAGUCGAUGGAAAACAAAGGACUUUUGUUGACUCGAGUGAUUGAGGACCGAUCAUCAGAAGACGAAGACAAAGAAGAAGAAAUAGAAGUGUAA